AUGCGAUGCGUCCCCGACCGUCCCGGCUUCAGCGGGGCGCACUUUGGGCGGCACCCGCACGCCGCCUUCAGCGGGCCCCGCAUCGCCUUCUACGUGGGGCUCAAGAGUCCCCACGAGGGCUAUGAGGUCCUCAAGUUCGACGACGUGGUGACCAACCUGGGCAACCACUACGACCCGGCCAGCGGCAAGUUCACCUGCCAGGUSCGCGGCAUCUACUUCUUCACCUACCACAUCCUCAUGCGCGGCGGCGACGGYACCAGCAUGUGGGCCGACCUCUGCAAGAACGGCCAGGUGCGGGCCAGUGCCAUCGCCCAAGACGCAGACCAGAACUACGACUAUGCCAGCAACAGCGUGGUGCUGCACCUGGACUCCGGCGAYGAAGUGUAUGUCAAGCUGGACGGAGGCAAAGCACACGGAGGCAACAACAAUAAGUACAGCACUUUCUCUGGCUUUCUUUUAUACCCUGAUUAACACACAACAAGCGACACGACACAACUGGCCCCGCCAYUGAUGCACAUGGGGCUGUUUGGCAUUUCCAUACCCCCUCGUGCUGCUGUUCCUGCUGGUGUCCAUGGUCUCUGCGGGUCACUUUAGCUUCAUUAUCAGUUUGUAUGUUUUUAUUUUCGCCCUUGUGGAAACGAAAUAGAAGUGAAACAAAGUGAUCCCCUUCCUUAAUCUCCCCCAUUUCUUCUGACCCCCCCUUUCCCUUUUGUCAGCCUGUUUUGUGUGUCACGAGGGAAUCGGCAGCUUGAAACUUUGGAGUGGUUCCGGGGGGGCUUAAGAGAGCCCAGAGUUUGGACUGUGUCACACAUGGAAUUUGAACAGGUCACAUUUUUUCAUCAAAAAGUAUUAAUGAUGAUGAUGAAUUUCCAGAUCGACUAUUCACGAAGUGGGACUGGAUCAUAACUAYUUUUCCCUCUGCUGCUUUGUAUGGGGUCAAGUGUAAACUUUUCUUUCUGUGCAAUGCAAUGCUCAUGUGAAUGAUGGUGUCAUUAACGUCAAACCUGUUUCUGUCUGCAAAAGAAUUUGGUCAUUGACCACAGUCACCCAAAUACCACAUUAAAUUAUGUUUUUAGACAAUG